GUUUAUCUACAGAUAGUCUCAUAUUCUUUAAUAGAUACAAAAAAAAUAGGAGAAAAGAUGUAAUAACGCGUAAAAUUCAAUAAUUAUAUAGUGGAAAAUAAGUGGAGAGAGAACGUAAACAAGGAUAAAGAUACGAAAUCGAAAGGCGGUCUGAAGGCGCUCAUUUCUCAAAGGGCACAACCGCGGCAACAAGUCAGUGCUGUUUCGGAAAUAGAAUUAGUGACGGACAGAGUGUUUUGGCUUGAAAAUUUCAUGAGACGCUCCAUAUGCAAGAUUCGUGUACUGGCCACAUGUCGUUUUUUUUUUUAUUCAAAUCUUUCUUUUUGUUCGUCGAACCAUCUUGCAGGCGAAGCUUUUAAUGCCCUUUAUUUAUUUCUUAAAGCCUAUACACUUGAUAAAUUAAGGCUACCUUAUACGCACCGAAACACGCGCGUACAAUUUCUUUGAAGUUUCAACGAACGUCGGUCAGGUAGACGACCUUUUGAUCCAAUGCACGCAGCAAUUUUUUCAACGACUCCCAGUCACGUGACAUCUUAUUUGUCUCGUGCGAACGUUUAAACAUCUCGUCUAAGAGAUUUUACAUAGACAAUAGUGUUGAUAGGGUAAGCAAUAUGGCGGGCGCGUGUCCACAAUCAUUUCUCUCCUUUUCAUCUCAAUUCGCUUGUUCUGUCAUCAGUUUACGCAUUAUGACUAUAUUACCAUCAAUAACUAUCCACCUUUGCUAAUAGAUGCAAUACUCGCGUUUCUUUCUUUUAACUAAUAACCUAUAGUGAAAGAUGUACUAUUAUAUUGUUAGUUGGCGAAAACUGCCCUUUAACAGUAUAGAAAAACCCCUUAAUAUAAUUCCUAUCCAUUACAAAUUACCAACCGCAAAAGAAACAGCACUCAACAGUCAUUCUCAACGUCUCAAAGCGCGUUUCAGCGCUGCCUACAAGCGUCGACUUAAGUACCCUUUACAGCUCCGCGACGUCCAUUAAAUGCUGCCCCAAAAAAAAACUCUAUACCCUUAUGUUCAUGAACGUAUUUAGUGAUUCGCGUGAUAAGUUGAAACAUCGCAACGCCUCCGGGCGUUCAAAGUACGUCCAUGUCCCGCAACAAUGGCCACUUACCGUAUGGAAACAAUGCUUCAAAAAAAAAUACCCGUCAAUCACCUAGUGACACCUAGCGGCUGUUCUUUAGCUAUUUAUUUAUAAAUUGAGUAUCCUCCGGCGAUGUUGGAUGAUAAAAAAAUGAAAGGAGAAUUUUUACAUUGGGAAAUAAAAAAAAGAGGAAAGAGAACAGACUUUGCAGAAAUUCUAUUUAGUCCUACAAUCAAAAUAAAACAUUUCACCAAUUUGUUGAACGCUUUGCAUUUUUCAUGACAUUCAAACAAAAGGUCAGUAAGCUUUUGCCAGAGUACUCAGCUAUCGAUCCUCCCAGAGUAAAUGUAUAUGUAUACAAACGGCAAUUUACUGCCGGGUAAAUACGGCCUAGGGCGUAACGAUGGUGCGACAACAUUCGGAAAAGAAUAGAAGAGCAAUUUAGCAUGCGGUUUAAAGGCAAUAAUGCCGGGAUAGAAAUGCUGGCAAACAAGUCGAUGAAGGUGGACGCCUAAUGUUUGCAUUUGUCAUGACGUUUGCUUUCACGCCGUCCGACGCGCUAAUGUGCCUUAAUGCGCGCGUUCAUACGCGUCCGGUGUGUGCAGUCGAUCACCAGACCGGCGUUCAACUAGUACAUAAAGCUUUGCAGUAGACAGUUGGAAAUACAAGCUGCUUCCUUAAGAGUAUAAUACGUCCACUUUCAACCGACAGCAUUCAAGACAGACAAACACGUUGAAAACUAAUCGGAUUCGACUUAUCAUUCCUGCCACAAAUCACCCUCAACGACCUUUUAAGUACAGACCGCCGAAUUGUACACGCCGAAUAUGGAGCAGACUUUAUCUAUGGACGGUAAGAUAAUGACCCCUCUCAUGAAGCACGAAAACAUCUACUCGCAACCCGGUAUAGGACAUCACGGAGGAUCGAUGUUAGAUGAAAUAUCAUCAAUGCCUAUUCCUGCUGUUGCUCCGGAUCAUGCCUGUUCAAUGCUCACUUCCCACGCCCAAAUGUACGCUUCAUAUAGUCAACAUUCAUCCGUCAUGUGUAGUCCAUCUUCUGCAAUUCAUCAACACGAACUGGAUUGCGAUCCUCGCGAAUUAGAAGCUUUCGCCGAAAGAUUUAAGCAGCGACGGAUCAAGUUGGGUGUCACGCAAGCAGAUGUUGGAAAAGCUUUAGGUAACCUCAAAUUACCUGGCGUCGGCUCUCUUAGUCAGAGCACAAUAUGCCGUUUCGAGUCAUUAACCCUAAGCCACAACAACAUGAUUGCCCUCAAACCAGUACUCGCUGCCUGGUUGGACGAAGCAGAGAGACAGGCGCACGCGCAUCACGCUGAAGUUUUUAAUACUGUUACGGAUAAGAAGAGGAAAAGAACUUCUAUAGCAGCACCAGAGAAAAGAUCUUUAGAAGCCUAUUUUGCUGUUCAACCCCGACCAUCGGGAGAAAAAAUUGCGCAAAUCGCUGAUAAACUAGAUUUAAAAAAGAAUGUAGUUAGGGUUUGGUUUUGCAACCAACGGCAGAAGCAGAAAAGAAUGAAAUUUUCCGCCAAUAUGAUGCCACAUCACCACUGAUAACGAAUCUUGACUGCUUCUUUAUAUCUUUUGCUACUCUAUACAUAUAUACAUAUAUAUAUAUAUAUGUAU